UUUUUUCUCUCCUUUAAUUAAUUUUCGCCCAGCAAAAAAAAAAAGAAAAAGAAAUCGAAACUUUUCUUGUGUAAAUGGAAGGAGAAACUCAUCAAUCGGAGCCGUUACCUUUACCGUCUGGAGAUUCCGACGAAGGAAUCAGUGCUGCGAUAGAGGCGGAGCUCGCAGAGUUAGCUGCUGGAGAUUCAAGCGGCGGUGGUUGCGGCGGUGGGAGAGGGGUUAAGAGUAAAGUGAAAGGACCUUGGUCUACGGAGGAAGACGCUGUGCUCACUAAGCUCGUGAGUAAGUUAGGUGCGAGGAAUUGGAGUUUGAUCGCUCGUGGUAUCCCUGGUCGUUCUGGCAAAUCUUGUCGAUUGCGUUGGUGUAAUCAGCUUGACCCUUCUCUCAAGCGUAAACCUUUCUCUGAUGAGGAAGAUCGUAUGAUAAUAUCUGCUCACGCGAUUCAUGGAAACAAAUGGGCGGUGAUUGCCAAAAUGUUAUCAGGGAGAACAGAUAACGCUAUCAAGAACCACUGGAACUCGACCCUUAGACGUAAAUAUGCUGAUUUAUGGAAUACUGGUAGUCAAUGGAUACCUAAUUCAGUUACCACUGCUCACAUCAAGAACGAAAAUGUCGAGGAAAAACAACAGUUGCCUCAAGGAGAAAUCAAUUCGCCACCAAAAAACAAUUCUCCACCAAAUCCUCCACAAGUGAGUGAUGUUAUAAUGGAAGAUGCAGCCAAUGAACCUCAAGAACAAGCUCCACCAUUAGACAGUAAUGUUCCACCAGUAGAGAGUAACGUUCCAGUAGACAGUAACGUGUUUCGCCCAGUGGCUCGUGUUGGUGCGUUCAGUGUCUAUAACCCAACUAGCCACAGAAAUGGAUACAGAGACCACAACAUAGUUCCAUGCGAGGGACUGUUGAUUCAAGCGGCUAAACCCGAUUCAUUGGCUGGUAAAUUUCUACAAUCUCUUUACGAUGAACCUCAUGUCCCUUCGAAAUGUGGUCGCGGUUGCUCUACUAAUCCAGCUGAAACCAAGUUCUCACGUAACUCGGUGUUGGGACCGGAGUUUGUGGAUUAUGAAGAGCCUUGUGCAGUUUUCAACCAAGAACUGAUAUCUAUAGCAACUGAUUUGAACAACCUUGCGUGGAUAAAGAGUGGCCUUGACAAUGCCGUUGUCAGAGAAGCAGAACAGAGCUUGAAGAUUGAUAAUUUCAACUAUAAUGAUCCUCGAAUCAAGUUUUCUGGAAUGAUGCCUAGACAAGAUUUCUUCUGUGCAAGAAGCUGAACUCAAACGUAGGGCUUGAGAGAAUCAUCAUCACCACCCCCACUUGUUUUUUCCCCCAUUUUUUGCGCUUUGACGCAUAUAGAUGAUGAUGAUCUUUAUGAUGAUUCGAGGUUGUCUCUGACAUUUUGAUUCGGAUUCCCGUGAAGAGAGACUUAACAUAAUAUGUAAUGAUCAUUUUAGCCUUUUGAUCAGAUUCGUAUCUCUUAUAUAUAACAAUCUUACAUCAUAUGCA